CACGCUACCAGCAUCGUUACUACUUCUUCCCUCGUCAUCGCGAUCAUCCUCGCGUUUUCUCUCCCCCUCCUCCUCCUCCUCCUCCGACGCAGCAACGGCUCCAAUAUUUCCAAUUCCAACACCCCACCUGGCCCCAUUUCCUUCCCGGUGUUCGGCAACUGGCUGCAGGUGGGCAAUGACCUCAACCACCGCUACCUAGCCCAGCUCUCCCGCACCCACGGCCCCGUGUUCCUCCUCAAGCUCGGCUCCCGCAACCUGGUUGUUGUCUCCGACCCCAAGCUGGCCACCCAGGUUCUGCACACCCAGGGUGUGGAGUUUGGGUCCAGGCCACGAAACGUGGUGUUCGACAUCUUCACCGGCAACGGCCAGGACAUGGUCUUCACCGUGUACGGCGAUCACUGGCGCAAGAUGAGGCGCAUCAUGACCCUCCCCUUCUUCACCAACAGGGUUGUCAACCAGUACAGCCCCAUGUGGGAACAGGAGAUGGACUUGGUCGUCAGGGACCUCUUCGGUGAUCCUGAGCAGGCCGAGAAAGGAAUGGUCAUCAGGAAGAGGCUGCAGCUCAUGCUCUACAACAUCAUGUAUGGUAUGAUGUUCGAUGCCAGGUUUGAGUCCCAGUCCGAUCCCUUGUUUCAGCAGGCCACCAAGUUCAACUCGGAGAGGAGCCGCUUGGCUCAGAGCUUCGACUACAACUACGGCGACUUCAUCCCCAUCCUCAGACCCUUCCUCAGGGGCUACCUCAACAAGUGCAGGGAUUUGCAGAGCAGGAGGCUGGCUUUCUUCAACGGCCAUUACGUCGAGCAUAGAAGGAAGGUGAUGGCCUCAAAUGAUGACAGACAAAAGCUCCGGUGCGCCAUAGACCACAUCCUGGAAGCCGAGAAGAACGGGGAGAUCAGCUCCGAAAACGUCCUCUACAUAGUGGAGAACAUCAACGUCGCGGCCAUAGAGACUACGUUAUGGUCCAUGGAGUGGGCCAUCGCCGAACUUGUGAACCAUCCGAGGGUCCAGGGCAAACUCCGACAGGAGGUCUUCGACGUCCUGGGGCGCGAAGGACGACCGGUUGUAACCGAGGCAAACCUGGCCCAGCUCCCGUACCUUCAGGCGGUAGUGAAGGAGACGCUGCGGCUCCACACGCCUAUACCCUUGUUGGUGCCCCACAUGAACCUGGAGGAGGCAAAGCUCGGGGAGUACUCGAUACCCAGGGAGUCCGGUGUGGAAGCCUGGUGGCUGGCGAACAACCCUGAGUGGUACAGGCCGGAGGAGUUCAGGCCGGAGAGGUUCUCGGAGGAGGAGGCGAAGGUGGGCGUCUGUGGAGGGAAGGACGUGGCCUUCAGGUUCUUGCCGUUCGGGAGGAAGAGGAGCUGCCCGGGAUAAUACGCACUCCCGAUACUGGGGCUCGUCAUCGCCCAGCUGGUGACGUUCGAGAUGAGCACCGCGGGAGCGGACAGGGUGGACGUGACGGAGAAAGGAGGUCAGUUCAGCUUGCACAUCGCCCGGCAUUCGGUGGUCGCAUUCCACCCCAUCGACAGCUAGCUGAGAGCGAGCGGAACCGGAAACGCUAGCUGAGGCGCCCUGCGAAUUUUUCAAUAAGUGCAUGAGUGCUAAAUAAACGAGGACUGCGGACCGCGGUUCUGAAUUAGAGAUCAUUAAUUCUUCUUUUUUUAUGUAAUUUGCUGACGUAUUUCGUCGGAAUGAUAUACAGGCAUGCAAGUGUAUACUUA